UUGCAUUCCUUCAUAUCCUUUUCCCUCUAACAUUACCUAUUACUCAAUUCUCAUUCCCAAGAAAAAAAAAUGAUGUGUUUUGUAAAGCUAUUCUUUGUUGUGGUCUUGUUUACAUCUCUUUUCUCAUCUCAUGCAUCUAAAGAGCAUGAUAAAAUGGAAGAUGUAGUUAUGCUAACGUCGCUUCGAGGGAGGAGGGGCUUCUUCUCUUACAAGUUUAAGCCUUUUCAAGCAGCAAUGACAUGUGAUAGAAAUAUAAAAGUGUGUCGAGCUGAAGGCAGCCCUGGCCGCAAUUGUUGCCAGAAGAAGUGUGUGGAUUUGAAAAGAGAUAGAUAUAACUGUGGGAGGUGUGGCAGGAAAUGCAAGUACUCGGAGGUAUGCUGUAAAGGGAAGUGUGUGAAUACAAUGUUUAAUAGAAAGCAUUGUGGAGGUUGCAACAAUAAGUGCAAUAGAGGAAGUUUGUGUGUCUAUGGCAUGUGUGGUUAUGCCUAAAUGAUCAUAGGGGAACACAAAACAUGAUCAUUAAUUGUGUGAUUGUAUUCUGCGUUGAUUAUUCUUUAUUGCUUUGUUUUAUAUCAUUCAAGAUAUAUACAUGAUUAUUAAGAUUCUUGGGAUUUUAGUGAUUCA